UUACUCAUCUCCGUAUUUUGUACCAAGUUGUAUUUACAUCUGUGUGACCAGGGUGAAAGAGAGUAUUAGUGUGGAUAAGCGUUGUAUCGUUUCAGAUGUUUGAUCCACUUUAGUUGAUCCUUUAGUUUAGUUAGGAAUGAAUAGUGAACCAUGGCGUAUGUCAAUGUUGCCGAAUGGAAGACAGAUCAGGUGUGUGAGUGGCUAAAAGGGUUGGAUAAUUCUGUACUACCUUACGUUCAUAGUUUUAUGAAUCAUGCCGUGAAUGGUCAGCAGCUUUUGAAUCUUCGACCAGAGGAUUUAGAGCACCUUGGCGUACUGAAACUCGGUCAUCAAGAAACUAUCCUCGAGGCUGUAGAGUAUUUAAGGAACUUCCAUUAUGAACUUGAUCGUGAAAACUUACAGCUUUUGGCUUUGCAAUUAUCAUGUCAAGCACAUAGCCUGCAUAAUGAAUUAUCUCGCCAAACUGAUUCCAAACCUGUCACAACGCAAACUUUAUCUGACGUAGCCGCAGUUGUAACAGCGGUUAAGCCACUGGUAUGCUGGCUUGAUCGCUCGCCAUUCAGUGGACAACUAGAGUAUAAUGACAAAAAAGCUGAAUUGUUGAAAUUGUCCAUCGAAAUGGCAACGUGCGCACAACGUGAUAGAUUUGCGGAAAGACCGAUUGAAGAGAUAAGAACUACUUGUGGGCAACUGGCUAAAUUGGCUGAUUAUAUUAUUCAAGAUAUAGCAGAUCCCAUGAUCUUGCAGCCUGCUAGUCUGGACCUAGCUACUUUAAAAAAAAGGCCAGGAGAUGAUCUGGGAUUCUACAUCUUACCAUCGUUUCAUGGCGCACAUCAAAUAGCUGAAAUCAAAUUUGGAUCUGCUGCGCAUCAGUGUGGUAAAAUGGAAGAGGGCGAUGAAAUUGUACAGGUGAAUUACCAAACUGUCGUUGGUUGGGAACGAAAAAAUGUACUGGAGUUAUUUCGCGAAAGUCCAGCUGAAGUUUUGUUAACAUUAAAGCGAAGACCAAGGCACACUAAGGUGUAUGGACAAAUAUACAUAAAACCUUACAGGUUACCAAGCAAUAAAAAGACUACGUAUACCACAAGGUGGCAGCAUAAUUUACCCUCGCCAAGACCUGAACUUCUCACUAUACCAGAUUUUACAAUGCCGCUACCCAGACAAACACAGAAAAUUCCCAGUCCAGAACCAGCCAGCAUUCUAGAUACUGUUAUCACAUUAGAUACCAUGCCAUCUGAUAGCAGUGAUUCUGAUAGUGAAGUUGAGCCGCCAUCGUCCAUUCGUUUAUAUUCUUCAAAACCAAGAAAUUUGGUACAAAGGCGUGCUACGAUAACUGGAGCUAGUCCAACAACAAAACAUGGCGUAGAUAUCGAACAAUUCUGGCGGGAACUGAAAGAGGAGCAUAUCACAACUUUUCAAUUGCGAGACAAGGCUGCGUCUUGUGCUCAUGGUUUGGACACCGUACCCUCAAAUAUAAGGCCACAGACUUAUCUGGGCAUAGAACAAAGUAAAAGAAAAAAAAAAUUGGAUGGGCAUACCGACGACCGCAAAGUUCAGUUCCAGGAUAGAUUCGAAGAAGCUGAAAAUAAUCAUGUGGAUGAUAAAGAAAAAACGAAUCAAAACUCACAUCCAAAACUUGGUCCUCAAAAAAGCAUCUCCUUUGAAACAAAUACAGUUUAUCCGGAAAAUAGACUCAUGGAUGUAGAAUUCGAUGUUAGCUCUAACACAAGUGAUUCUCAAGUGCCUUUGAAUGAAUCAAAUAAAAAUACAACCGAUUCUGGUAUUAUACAAGAUGUUAGAAUCGGUGAACCCAGUGCUCAUCAUAAAGAGCGAGGAAAGUUGGACAAAAGUUAUAGCACCCCAGCCUAUGAUUUGACUGAAAAUGACUUUGUUGAGAGAAAAUUAGCAACUAUCGAAAGCCAUUCAAAAUUGAGCUUAACUUCAAAUACAUCUAGCUGUUGUUUGAAUAAGACUGAAUCUUUGACAAUUGAUGGAACAUUGGAUAACGAUGUCACAAAGUUCGAUGAUACGGGGCACAAUUUGAAUUUAGAAUCAGAGAACAUUGGUAAUGUAGCACAAAAAAUUAAUAAUAUUGAAAAAAGUAUUCGAAACAUUGACACUGAUGGAAAGUCUAAUCUUCCAAAGAUGCCUGAAAAAACAGAGUCAUCUCAAGGUAUUGUACAUAUCAAAAUCAAUGACUUUGACUAUAGGAAUAGUAUUUACGAUUACCAAAGCGACAUUCGAAGUAUUCAAAAUCACGUGGAAUGUAAAAAAGAAACCUGCACCCUCAAAGAAACUUACGUAUCAGAUGAUAAGAGGACACAGAGGAUAGAUGUCGAGGAUACACAUGUUGACAAUGAUUCGCAAUUCAAUCAUAAUACCUCGAGUCAUGAGAGUAGUGUUGAAAAGUCUGAGUCAACAAAUAGCUACAACGAAAAUGUGGGUAGCAGUAGCGAUGGCGACACAACUAUCAAAAAAUUCGGAGAUAUUUUAGAAACUAUUAAUCACGCUUUGAUUGCACACACUAAACUGGUACAAGUAAAAGCAAGAAGUGCUGAUAACUUGCACAACAAUAAUGCAGUACAUUCGAAUUUGGAUGUGAAUAAAACUUCAGAAUAUUCGGAAAAUAGUUCUGACACGAGCAGCACGCCAAUGUUGGAGAGGAAAAUUUCCACAACGAGCGUUCAAAAUAACAGUUGUCAAUCAAGACAAUAUGCGGACUGCACUACCAAACCCGAAAUUAAACAGAGAAUGACACCUCCUGAACCCCCACCGAGGAAAUACUACUCAAAACCAGCGCCAUUGAAUUUAUCCAACAUCUGUAACUCUUCAGAGGUUCAGGAUAAGCCUGUACCUUGCGAAAGGCUCAAUUCCAGAGGAGAUCUGAAACAAUCAGAAUCUUUUCUCGAUAACUACGUAACUGUUGACGAUGUGAAUGGCUAUCAAAAAAAUCAAACCCUAGAAACAUACAAUGAUUUUGUAGAGAAAUCAACAGAUUUUAUCGACGAACCAAGCACCCCUUUCGGUGAUUACAAGCCAACCCUAUUGACAGAUCCGUACGGCUACUCAGAGAUUUACGAGGGUCAGUUUAAGGAAGAGAAGGCAUUAUUUGAAGGCUGUGAUACUCAAUGUGACAAAAUAGGUGCCACAAACCCGAUAUUAAUAGAACAGCAUAGGAUGGAAAAUAAUACUUCAAGAAAUAUGGAUUCUCCUGAUGGUGUAGGUUGUUCUAGACAAAUGUAUACUCCUGACUCAAAACCAAAAACAUUGGAAAAAGACAAGAGCUCCGAGAAGGGCGUUGUCAACAGAGCUAUGAUGGUUGCUCGAAGUAUAGGCUUACAUGCUAGUUCAAGCAAAGCUUCGGGAUCUAGUCCACGAAGCAGUCGAAAAAGAAAUUUGUUGCUUGCCAAACGAAGAAAUGUUUCUGUCAAAGAUGUUGGUUUAGGAGAACUAGAAGGAUGGUUAACGCAUCGUAGCAGAGGAGCAGGGGGAGCCUGGGCACGAGCUUGGUUUGUUCUGAAAGGCUCUUCAUUAUACAGAUUCAAAACACAAGAAAGCAUUAAAGCUGAUUGUUUAAUCGCUUUGACGGGAUUCACUGCAUCCCAAGCUACAGAAGUGAAGUCUAGAAAAUACGCUUUCAAAGUUUAUCACACUGGAACUGUAUUUUAUUUUGCAGCUGAAUCAGAUGAUUUUUUGUCUGUUUGGUUGGAUGCAAUCAAUAAAGCAACUUUGGGAGCGGAAAGCCAUGGCCAAACUAGUGCUUUGUUCAGUGAAACUGACGAAAGUGAUGGCGAAAAUAAGUCAAAAGCAAGAGGAAGUUGUACACCUGAUAAACCAAAUUUAGAUAAAAAGUUUGGUUCUUUGAAAAAACUUGGUCGCAAAGACUCCGGUUUCAAAGAACAAGAGAUCAGUGGUGCAAGCCUGGAUAGAAAGUACUUGAGAUUUCUCGGAGCAAGAAAUCAAAAUGUUCCAGUGCCAACCGCUCAAUUUAGAAGUUAUAGACGUGUUUUGCCCACAUCUACACCAAAGAGGAAACAGGAUCUAAUACCACACUCUCCAGAUUUGCAAGUGACGGUCGCAGGCAGCACAUUCUACGGGUUGAGUUCUUCUCAUAGUGCAACGGAUGUGCCAAGUAGUCAUGACAUGGGUGAUUAUCGACGAACAUCUGACAGAUCACAUAGCAAUCGCAGUAGGAGGACAGACGAUCUGCAGGGAUUUGUUACUUUAGAACAAUUUAUGCUGUCUCAUCAAGAGGAGGAUCGUCGCCAAGAUGCAGAAAAUCGAUCAAUCUCACCUCGCGUUACGUUAUUAACCAGCGAUCAUGUACAUAUACAGCACAGGAAUUUCAACGAUAUUUCACCAAACAAUGGAGUUAUAUAUGGGCAGACAAGAUACUUGGACGAUGUUUUACCAACCAACGGCGUUAUAUAUGGUCAUACCAGAAAUUGGGAUGAGACAUCUUCCAAUAGCAGCAGUGCUUCUUAUGGACUAACUAGAAUCGUGGAUGAAAAUCAUGUUCAGGGUAAAAGCAAGGAGGUGAAUUACACCGAUUCUAGCGAAGAGGCGCAUACCCAGAACAGAGUCAAUGAAUAUACGAAUGAAGCACCCGUGGGGAAAAAUAAACAUUGUCAGCUAACGCACAGUUAUAAAAAACAGUCUGAUAGCCACGGACGGAGAAGCAGACCACAAGAAGGGGUGGUGUACUAUCCCAAUAGUCCGAAUGAAUCGCUGUAUGGCCAGAAUUUACCUAGUCUAACAGAAGCGAGUUCACCGCAUCAUAACCGGCAUGAAAUGAUCCAUGGAUCAAAUAGACAGAUGGAUGCAAUUUAUGGACAAAAUGCGCAUAUGUAUGGGCCUAGAAGCACUGUGAAACAUGAUCUUAUGUAUGGAAAAAAAGUUAGCGACAGCACAAGGGUAUCGGAUUCAAAUGAAAUACUUGCUGGUUUGCAUUCUGCUCCCAAGAGGCUUUUAAGAAACGAAGGAUAUUCGGGGUCAAGUGGUGAUUUGGCAUCACCGGUGUCAUCGGAAACAUUACAACGUGCUAGAAAGGAGGCUUCUGUAACGCGGAAGGGCAGCUUCAAUCUGAUAGAUUGCCGUCGAGAUCAAUCUACGCCAGACAAACAUUGGAUGGAUUCAUUGAGAAGAACUGAUAAAAAGAAUCAGAGCUCAGACAAAAACAGAUUGAAAAAUGCGGCGCAAUAUCAACCUCCACCAAUACCAAGUUCACCAUUCGAACAAGAUGGUAUGAGGCCUGCGUUUGAAAUGCACUUGGACAAGAGUGAGCAUGUUCAGAAAACGAACAGAUUUAAAAGCUUGUUCGCAAGCAAAAAUCCACAGAAGCCAAAUACCUUGGAUUUACCCAAGGAUCAUCAAAAAACGUUAUUAGGUUCCCCGAGACUGCAUAGAGCUAUUUUCAGAGACAAACGUACCAACCAACAAAGUCAUCAAAACAAUCGUUCGGGUAGUCAAAGCCCUGGAGAUAGUGGAAUCAGCCAGUCAUUAAGUUCAUUUAGCGGAACCAGCCAGUCUCAAACACUCAGUCAGAGCUUCAGUUCUACAAGCUCAGUUAGUGAUUGGAGUCCAGACACACCAACAGCGAACACCCCAAAGUCUGCUCCCACCAUAGGCAAUGUUCAAAAAAGAUCAUCGUACUCACACAGGAAUUCCCUGGCGCCUCCAACAUUGCCAUACAUUCCACCGCCUACAUCGCCACCGCCAGAUUAUCCAGGGUUAGAAUAUCCACCAGUAUUUGAACCGGGUACCUACUCUCUGACCGAUGCUUCUCUCAUACGUAACCGCUGCAAAGGUGGUCAAACCAAAAAUGACUCAUGAAUGAAUAGACACAUUCAAAAGCAUAUUUCAUCGGAAUAGGUCAAGGCAAGGUGGGUUUUAUAUAGUGAGAGAGAAUAGCAGUCAAUGACACGUUUGAAUACAAAAAUGAUAACUUUAAUCACGUAUGAUAAAACUAAAAUCAAUCCAGAAUCGUUGAUUUUCAGAUUCGAUAGCCUGAUAUGCCAGAAAAAAUUAACAUACUAAGCAAUUUUAAAUGAAAGCCUGCACUGACCAGAGUAAGGUAUAACUAGUAAUUAAGCGCAAAUGAAGGAGCAAUAUUUCUAUAUCAGUGGUGUAGUAUAGCAAUCAGCCGUCCAUGCCGUGCCUCUGGAUAAAAUUAAUUGCCUAUCAAUAGUUUUAAAAAAUCUUCAUAUCUACCUACAAAGAGCAAUAAAUAUGUAUCAAAAAGCAAUUAAUGUUUAGAAGUAUUUACGAGCACAUAGCCCCUGGAUUUUCGAAAUUAAUGCUACUAAUAUUUUUCCACACAAGAUUCAGUAGUUUCUUUAAACGAACUUGUUAGAUAAUUAAUAGAUAGAUUUUCUACGCUAUAGUAUUAUUAUAUAUUUAUUAUUUUUCUGAAUAUAGUAAUAUCUAUAAUAAGGCUCGCUCAUACCGAAUUUCGGUAACGAUAAAAUAAUUCUAGGUGUGCCUAGCAUGGUGAAAAUGAAAGAGAAUUAUUUUUCACUAGUUUAGUAUUUCUUAUAUCGUUUAAGUUCUUCCAUGACUAACAAUAGUUGUUCGACCGAGCCUUGGAUGAAGUAUAGAUUGCGUUCAUUCUGAUAACAAAAUACCGCGCCUUUCAUCGGCUUAUGUAAAUAAUUUUUUACAGAUUUUUGACAUUAUUGAAAUUUUAUUAGACGAGGUAUGAAAGAAAAAUGUGAUGAUAUACAUUAAAAGUGCCUUUUUCUUUGACGUAAUAAAUAUCCUAAGAGAAACAUGUACAUAUCCUAGCUAGCGAUUACGGUUUUUAAAUGAUAUUUAUAAAUGAGAAAUUUACAAAAAUCUACUGUGAAUAUCCGAAACACAUUUGCUAGUUUAUAAAACUCAGUAUUAACAUAGAUACAUCUAGGAGCGAUGUAAUUCAAAUUCGCAUAAAUAAAAAACACGUGAUCACGCAAUAAUCAACAGGUAGAAUAUUUCUACUCAUGAGAUUUCCAUUUUUUUUUGUUGUUUUAGAAUAAUUGGAGUAUGAAAUUCCAACAUAAUGUGCAAAAUUUUCCUUUUUUAUAUUCACUGAUACCUCUUUCAGUGUCUACUUAUUAUGCAUCUAUGUUUUCUCGCUUAUUCCCUAGGCUCUCAAUAUUACACAUAACUGUAGAACAAUGUGUCCUAAUCAUACCAAGAUGUAUAUUUUACAAAGCUGUACAAUAUUAUAAAAUACAAUCAAAUGAAAGUAAAA